AUGGAGAAUCAAACAUUAAAGACAAUCAAAGCUGGCUCCAUAUGCACAGUUGAAAAUGGAAAUGGCAAAUUUGGUAUUGUAAAAGUACUUGUUAUCGAUGAUAAACAAAUUCAUGUGACGAUAUACAAAAAUAAAUAUGAUCUACGACCAUCUCAAAUAGACCUGUCAACAUUAAGCUGUGGCUCUUUAUAUGAUGCAGACGAAGAAAUUGGUGUUGGUCAUGCUCCGCUAUUUAGAGAAGGAUUUAACAAUUGGAAACCAAUAGUUAUAGAUUAUGAAGAGGUUACAUCAGAUAAUCUUGAUGGCUAUGAAAUAUGGAAAAAUGAUCCACGCGCAGGGCUGUGGCCGGUAUCCUGUACACUAUGUGACCUCGCUGAAGCAUGUAGAAUUGCUCGUAAACGUAGUACUACCAGCCGCGAUUUUUUUUGUCCGUUCUGUUGA